AUGUUUUUGCAGUUUUGGACCUACAACGCCCCCUCCUCUCAAGAUUUCAGGGACCCCAGCGCCAAGUUCUACGCCGACCCCACUGGGAACUCCUUCUGGGAAGGCAAUGCCAAUGUUUACGUCACGGACGCAUCGACCAACGCUCGUUAUCAACUCACCCUCGAAAAGCUCGCUCAUUCACGGUCGGCGGGAUUCAUGGUCGGUUCUCUGAGAAAUACUCAACAGGAGAACAUCAACCUUCCCUGCUAUGUUACUCCCCCGGACAACCGUGUCGAUUUUUUCAACGGCUGGGAAUGUUGGCGUCUCUACACCUGCUCCAACGUUCCACAUAUUGUCACUGCUGCAGUGUAUAGCAGUAAUCAAGUAACCAUACAACGAUCAGAAGGGCCCUACACUUCGCUGGUGCGUGGUUUGAGGAACAGACUUGAAGCUGCUAACCAGCAAAUAGGACAAAUCGCCCCGUACGAGCAAAGCUUCAAGGAUAAACAGGGCAACACGUAUUCAUUCACGGCUCAGGUGCAAAACAACGGCCCCAACCUUUUCUGGACCGUGGAUGCAGCAACCAAAUUCGAUGAAUCAGGCUUUCCAGGCCUUCCAGAUUUCCACUAUAACGGGAAUCCAGCGGCAAACUACUUCGAAACCGUUGACGUCGCGGAGGGGACCGCCUUCGACGCAGAUGCAAACUUCCCGCAAUCUGCCAGCGUCGUCACAUACGUUGGCCUCGACCACCAAUCCUACUCCAAGAUUGACUUUUUCCAGACCGGGUUCGCCGCUGCCCCCCCUCCCCCGACUCCUAACGCCGCCGCCUGCCAAGUCAAACCGGGCAACAUCGCGUCCGGAGCUCUGGGAAUUUUGGGCGGCUUUAUCGCCGCUGCCGGCAUUUUGGCAGCUCCAUUCACAGCAGGUGCUUCUCUCGCCCCUGCCAUGUUGGGUAUUGCAGCUGCCGGCACCGGUGCUACGUCUGGUAUUAUUAGCAUUGUAGGCGGAGUUUGCUGA